UUUUCUAGGCAAUGAAUCCAGCAGGCAUGACUGGGUGCGUGGGCCAUAAGUAAGCACACAAUGAUGAAGCUGAGAGCCAAGCUUCCCUUCGCAGCGAGCUGACCGUGGACUGGCUGCAUCGGGCUGUCAGACAGGAAAGGCGUGGCAGUGGGACGAUCCAAGCGCCCCACGCAAUGAAAAAAAAACCCAAACCAAGUUCUAUUGACCUGAGAUCAGCUGAGGCCUUGAAGCUGCUUUCUAUUGAGGCACUGGUGUCACAUAUUACAUUUUUAAUUGACUAAAUCGGUGCCUCUGGAAUAAAGCUUUGAAUCGUGGGCGUGCCACGCAUUGGACACGAUCGUGGGGAUGCUGUGAGGUUUUUAUAAACUGACUAUAAAACGUUAAAGAUGAGCAAAUCUCCAACACCAAAGGGCACUCCAGUGCAGCGCAGCCCCAGCGAUGGGGUCCCUGAGAGCCUCCAGUCACCACAGCACUCUACACCUGUCUCUGGACUUCAUCAAAAGAAAAGGAUCUCCAGCCUCCUCCAGAGUCCGUCAUUUCGAGAGGAGCUGGAUGUGCUGAUCCAGGAACAGAUGAAGAAGGGUGGCAGCUCAUCCAACCUAUGGGCAUUGAGACAGCUUGCUGACUUCAUGGCGUCUCAUGGCUCCCCAGCCGCCCUGCCAGCUGUACCCUCCAACAUGAUGAUGGUCACCCCGAUCAACGACCUGCAUGGUUGGGAGCCUGGAAGCAUGGUGAAAGGGGAGCGGUUGAUGCGCUGCAAACUGGCCAGCACCCACCGGCUGUUCGACCUUUAUGGCUGGGCUCAGCUCAGCCAAACUCUCCUCACACUGCGUGUGAGUAAAGAACAGGAACACUUCCUUGUGCUUCCAGAAGGCCUGGCCUACAGUGAGGUGACUGGAUCCAGCCUGGUGAAGGUGAAUCUUCUGGGUGAGGUGGUGGAGAAAGGCAGCACCAACCUACAGGUGGACUCGGACAAGUUCAGCCUGCACUCUGCCAUCUACUCAGCGCGGCCCGAUGUCCGCUGCCUGCUUCACCUCCACACGCCUGCUACAGCGGCGGUUUCUGCUAUGAAAAGCGGCCUGCUGCCUCUGUCCCAUGAGGCUCUGCUGGUUGGUGACGUGGCUUACUAUGACUAUAACGGUGUCAUGGGGGAGGAAGCGGACAGAAUGGAGCUGCAGAAGAGUUUAGGACCCACUUGUAAGGUUCUUGUGCUGAGGAAUCAUGGCAUUGUGGCUCUGGGGGAAUCACUGGAGGAGGCUUUCUACACCAUCUACCACAUACAGGCAGCCUGCCAGAUCCAGGUGUCGGCUUUGUGUUGUUCUGGGGGGGAACACAACCUGAUCAUGUUGGACCUAACUAUCCAUAAACCCAACCCGACUGGCACCGUCGGCUGGGCCGGCUCCACCUUCGGACCCCUGCAUAAGAGCCGCACUGGAGAACAUGAGUUUGAAGCUCUCAUGAGAACUCUGGAUAAUCUGGGCUAUCGUACCGGCUACGCCUACCGCUUCCCUGUGCUGCUGGAGCGCUCACGGACCCGGAGGGAGGUGGAGGUGCCAGCGACCGUAACAGCCUUCCACCAGUUUGAUGAUGAUGGCAUCCACCCGGCUCUGAGGCAGCACCCUUUUGCUCAGCGGCAGCAGCAGGAGAGGACCCGAUGGCUCAAUACCCCCAACACCUACCAGAAAGUCAGCCAGGAGCAGGCGAGCCCGGGACACCAACGCACCACUCAGUGGCUCAAAACAGAAGAAGUGACCCAGGCUGGCAGCACAGCCAUCAAGAUAGAGAACCCAAACCAGUUUGUGCCUCUUUUCACCAACCCUAGGGAGGUGAUUGAGACCAGAAACAAGAUCCGACAGCAGAAUCGUCAGGAUAUGAAGACUGCAGGACCACAGUCCCAAGUGCUUGCAAGUGUCAUAACAGAUGAGAGCCCUCCGACCCCAGUGAGUCCACCCAAAGUUCCACCAGAACCAGAACCUCCCAACCCCUUCAACCAGCUGACUGACAAGGAGCUGGAGGAGUACCGCAAGGAGGUGGAGCGAAAACAGGACGGAGGGACUGAUGCAGGGGAGGAGGUGGAGAAUGACAGGACAUCUCCCCCUGCUACCUCCCCUACAAAAGGCCCAGCAGCCAGCCACCCCCCUGACUCAGUAAUGGAAGUACAGAGCGACUCUCCAGACAUUCAGAACGGAGGAGAUGACGAGAAGAGGGUGACAAAAGAACUGGAGGAAGGGAUGAAGGCGCUUUCAACCAACGACACCUCCUCCACUCCUGCUCCUCCAACAAUCAAACCAUUGGGCGGCACCCCUGAGGGCUCGCCCUGCAAGUCUCCAUCCAAGAAGAAAAAGAAGUUCAAGCCACCAUCAUUCCUUAAAAAGAGCAAAAAGCAGAAAGAGAAAGUAGAGACCUGAGAUGGUCGCUCAAACUAGUCAGACCUCAGUGAAGUGCUACGGGGAUCAUAUGUGACAGAGCAGGAGAUGAAACCACAUCACAACCAUUCAGAGCCAUUUCAGUCUCAAACCCAGACACGGUAUGUUAGAGUACCACCGCUAGCCACUGAAUUUGAUGUUUGUGGUGAUUUAUCGAGUAAAAGUUAGAGAUGCUCCUGUAAUUAUUUGCCCUAAUGAUUUGAUCCAAGUCACCCACUCAGUCUGUGAUCACUCACACGAUUUCUGUACUCAUCAUGUCUGCAGAAUAAGUUUGGUAAUUCACUUCACUGUACAGGAGUUCAACCAUAUUUCUUCUUCAAAGCAGGCCUUCAGUUUGGGUCCUGUAUAAGUGGCACUUAUGUUUUUCUUACUAUACACGUUGGAAGGUAAAGUCAUGUAUAGCACUUAACAUAGGUAGAUCGGUGUUCUUGCACGUCUUAUUCUUUCAUAUACAUCUCACUUCUGGUUUGAUUUAUGGGGUAGAAGUUACAGGUAUAGUCUGUGAGGACAUUUGUAAUACCAAAAAAUCUCCAACAAGCUGCUAAUUGUACUCUGAGCAAAUGUAGCAGCAAAAAAAAAAAAAAAAAAAUUGGCGAGCUUCAAGCUAAACCUGCAACCGACUCUUUUUUUGUCAACCACCAUGGAAAACGCCUCAUAAAAACGAUUGUUUGUCGAUGCAAUCCGAAUAUUCUUAGUGUAAUUACAAUUAUUUUCCUCUUUAGUUUUCAGUCAUACCACACACACACACAUUACCUUUCUACGAUAAAUCAUUUAGAAACAGCUGUUUCUCAAACUGCUGAUCUUGAUGCUGGCUCAUUGGUUUGAAUUGAUUUUAUAUCAGAGUGUACAUGUAAGUGUUGCAAGGUUGCAAUGUAUCAGUCAUUAAAGGUCCAAUUAUGUUUCAAGUCCA